AUGGUUGUUGUUUCCAGGGUCGAGUAUGGAGUCUCCAAAAGCAAAGACGGCAGUUAUGUUCGGGCUGGCCAAGGCCGGGCCGGGCUGGAGAAGAAGGGUUGUGGUGAGGGAGAGGAUUGUGAGGAGAAAGAAAAGAUCAGCCAUGGAAGAGCAAAAGUGCAUGUCCAACCGGGAGCUGAGAUGAGUGUCGGCCGCUUCGAGGAACGAGUAAGGCCGUCCACAACCACACUGAAGACCCAAAUGGAUAUCCAACUAAUACCGACCUUUUUAUCUAAUCUUCAUUGGGAGAGCCUGGGCAAGCCCUGUUUCAAGAUGGCCCUUUCCCACUCCCCAAGAGGCGAGUCAUUGCCAGCCCAAAAAAGGAGCCCAAUGGUGCCGGCCCAUGAAUAA